CCCUCAGCAGUAAGUUGGCUGAUGCUGGCAGCAAGACAAAUCUGGCACCACACAGCAGGCAGGCAGAGAGUGCACUGCUCAUCCUUUCUGUUUGCCGUGUGUGGGAAUGCUGGACACCAACACCCAGCGAGGGAUCCGGCCAAAGGCUCCUCUGCUCGGCGCCUGAACCCUGCUGCUGUGUGCCCGGGUGGGAGAUACAGAUGUCAGAGGACAAGACAGACAAGGUAAAAAUCAAAGCAGCUGAAAGUUUUGAACAUGAAAAGCAAAAUAUUUCUUGGCUGAAAAAAGACCGUCGCACCAGCUCCCUGCCUCUACUGGCCCUCCCUGGGGUGACGCCGAGCAGUGAGGACCAUCCAGAUAACCAGCUUACAAAUGAAAAACACACAGAUGAAAAGCCUAUGAAAGGUAUUGUUAUGAGUUCUGUCGCAGAAUUCAGCAUCACAGACGCUUCAUCAAAGGGUACCAAAAAUGAGAAGAAAUUGUCAGAUGCAAGCAGAUCAUCCAUUGCUUCCCUGGAGAAAUGCAGAGAAUUCACUUACAUUGAAGAUGAUGCAUCAGUACAUCAGAGAGACAGUGACGAUGAAUGCGCAACACUUAUCCUGGCCUGCUUGUUCUGCCAGUUUUGGGACUUUCUUAUAAUGCUGCCUGAUACCUGUGAACAUUGGCUGACAGAUACCUGUUGUCCAUCCAAUAGAUAUUACCAGACCUCCGACGAAGAGCACGGCAACAACGACUGCAACUGUGACUGUGACAUUGAUUGCAGCCUCUUUGAGUCCUGCCACGAGACUGGGGAGUGCCUGGAGCUCGCCAUGGAGAUUUCAGAAGUCUGCUAUCGUUGAUAGGAAAAUAAUUGACAAAAUUCCUCAAAACUACCUGACAGAUUACAAAGGAGAUUUUUUUUUUUUUAAUAUUAAUCAUAACCAGAGAUUUUGUCAAUGAGGACUAUGUGCAUCUCGUCCCUCCCUCCCUGGAGGUCUCUAUUUCUGUACCAUUCUGGUGGCAUGGUAUCACAAACUGCUGAAACCAAUAAAGGACAAAAAGGGGUCUUCUCUGCCAUAGAUGACAACAGAAUUCCUAAGUGCCAAGUGUGCUCACUGCUUUAUCCACUGUCAAUCCAAGCUUUUCUAAACCUUUAAUUGCUUUAAACACUGGUUUUGCCAUUAAUAAACACAGAACAAAUUAGGACGUUAUUUUAGGACUGAUAUAUAUAUUAGUUCAUCUUCCUAAUGGAUUCAUGCCUAAACAUGUAUUACACAUUGUUGGUUAUUAUAAAUAAUUUAUGAUACAGCAUCAUUUUAUAAUUAAAAAUUUAUUUAUUCAAUCUCUUAAAACACUCUUAUAUGCCCAGUAUAGGUAGAAAAAAAAUUAAAUUAAUUAGAAACCAUGCUACUGGUAAUUACAGCAAAUGUCACUGAAAAUCUCCAGUGAAUUUUGUGGAGGAAGCAUUUUCACAGGGUACUGCAAUUCAACAGUGUAUUAAUGUGCUGGUCCAUGGUUAUGUAAUAACAGGUUAUGCCUAUUGUUCAUUAGUUAUAGGAAAGGACUUCUUAAGUGUAAUUAGCCUAAAUGGGAAUUGACUGCACACUUCCAGAGAAGAAUUACCCCACAGAUAGCCAGUAACUCCUUUGCUUGAUUUUCAUUUGUAAGACUUUUGCAAGAAAUAGAAUAUUGCCACCUAUUCUAGUACAAACAGGCAUCUCCACCUGUGCACAGAAGAUUACAAAAUGACAGUAUCUAUGCUGGUUGUGCUUUCAAAUUCCCUCUAUCUCUUUUCUGAUGGCAGGUCUGAUUAAUAAAAAGGAAAAACAUGUUGCACAUGACACAUAUGACAACAAAAGCAUGUAAAUUCAGCUGCCUGAGGGUGCAGAACACAGGUAUUAAGCACAGAGGAAAAUACAGAAUUGCUUGCUCACAUUAGGUGUAUAUAGACUAACACCAAAGUCAGUGCUCCCAAAAACCCCACUGAUCUCAGUGAAGAAGUGCCUGUGGAAUCCCAAACAAGGAUCCUGGGCAAGAUACUAGAGUAUCUUGAGUAUUAAGCAUUUCUAAAUUUUAAGAGUAUUAAGCAUUUCUAAAAUCAUUGAAGCCACUUGCAUAUUAAUCGGAGUAGUCCUAGUGCAUAAAGAUUUAAUGGGGGGAAAAAAAUCAUGUGUAUAUCCUUUCCUUAUCCCCCUUCUGGAAAACUCAUGCUUUCAAAAAAAUCAGAAAGCCAGAAGUAGAACCACUAACAACCUUUUUCCAGGUGUCUUACAAAGCCUAGUGACUAGAAGACAACAAACCU